AGAAAACAAAGAAUCGCASGUUUGUUGUGAUCUGCGCAUGCGCACAUCAUUAUAGGCGGAAGUUCACGACACGAGUGRCAUAUUUUAAAGUUUCACUGAAAAUCGAGGUUUGCGCCUUAAAGAAGGAUCAGCAAGUGUUACGGAAGACCUAACGACUUAUUUUUAUUCUGAAAUAAGUUGUCCAGAUAUUUAUUUUGUGUCGCAGAAAAAUUAAAAACGCUGGAAAAACAGUCCAGGCGUUGUUGGUUUGUUCUGUGUUCCCAGCUGUCAGAAACCCAGACAAUCAGGAGAGCGUGUUUAAGCGCGCCGUGAGGAGGCCAUGUGGUGGUUCCAGCAGGGCCUCUGCUUCCUGCCCGCCGCUCUGGUCGUCUGGACGGCGGCGGCGUUCGUCUUCGCCUACAUCACGGCRGUGGUGCUGAGACAUGUGGACCCCCUGGUGCCUUACAUCAGCGACACCGGAACCAUGGCGCCAGAGAGGUGUGUUUUUGGGCUCAUGCUGGAUGUGUCGGCUGCUUUAGGCAUAGCCACCGUUUACGUGCGUUACAARCAGGUGGAGGCUCUUUCAGGCGAGGAGGAAGUGGCGCUCCGGAGACUGAACCGUGUCGGGCUGGCGUUCGGCUGCGUCAGCUCCUUCGGGAUGUGUGUGGUGGCCAACUUCCAGAAGACCACCUUGUUCUCGAUGCACCUGGUGGGGGCUGCGAUGACCUUCGGGGUCGGAGCUCUCUACAUCAUGAUCCAGACAGUCAUCUCGCUCUACAUGCACCCGCACAUCCACAGCAGAACCAUGUACCUGGUCCGCCUCGGCAUCGGAGUCUGCACACUGUGCAGCAUCAUCAGCAAAAAUCUGUUUGCGAGCUGAUGUAGAUCUGCUGAGCAGCCACCUGUACGACUCGCCGCACGACAGCAUCAACUCUUCACGGCGUAACCCGUCUGAGACGUCCCCGCUGCUGGCAGGAGCAACGUGACCACUUCAAGUCUGCUUUUAAAGCCUUUUUUAAAAAAAAAAA